AUGCAGUUUCUCACUCUUUUCCUGGCGUUGGCCUCUCUCGCUGCUGCUCUCCAACGGCCCAAUAUUGUCACCGUCACCAAGUACCUUCCUUUUGAGCAGCACCCGUGUUAUGCGUACUUUAUGCUCGGGGGAGAAGGCGACCUCCCUGCAGAAGCCUGCCGGCCUGGGGCUUGCUGUAUUGGUGUCCAAGAUGUCAACACCAACACUGGUCACGGCGGCAAGAAUAUCGGCCCCGACGGUCAUCCAUUAACCCCCACCUCUCACUCUCCCAAUGGCAGCAACGCCCAGGGCAUCUCUGGUGGCGCAAUCGUCACCCAGAACUCUCUCGCCGCUGGCAGCCCCAAGCCCAUUACCAGUGCCUCAGUCGUUGCGGUACUCUCGUCCAAUGGCAGUUUCAUCGCAAAAACCCUCAUCGGGACCAUGACCGAUGACUGCACCGUUGCAGAGGAUAAUAUUGCCACCGCUGCUGUGUCUGUGCCAGAGACGUCUCGCGAGACCGUCGUCAUCACUACCACUGUCCCCAAGGUUGUGACUUACACCACGACCUUGAGUGGCACAGCCAUUAUUGAGACAAGCACGACUGUGGUCAUCAGUACUGAGACAUUCACAGCCACUGUUGCUAUUUCCACCACGGAGACUCUAACAACACCUAUAAUUAUUACCUCGACCGAGGUUAUCACGGCAAACAAUACUAUUCGCACAUCUCUCUUUACCACCACCUGUGAGGAGGUAGUCACUGGCAUUGGUUCCAUUCUCACCACCGUCGCGGCUUCCAAGACUUUAGCAACGCCCGUGGAGGUCACCUCGACCAAGGUCAUGACAACAAACAUUUCUACUGUUACAUCCCCUACCACCAUUACGUCUAAGGAGACAGUCACUAAUUCCACCACCACGGAGUCUCUUAAAACGCCGGUAAUUAUCACCUCGACUGAGGUCAUCACAACUAACAACUCUACAAUCACAUCUCUCACCACUGCUACGUCUAAAGAGACAGUCACCAGCGUUCAACCCAUCCUCACUAACUCCACCACUACAAAGAUAACAACGCCAGUGACUGGCGCCUCUACGGCAGUCAUUACAAUAAGCAACUCCACCACUGCAUCUCUCACCACCACCACAAAGAGUAUUAUCACUCCCAGCGUCGUCGUCACCACCAACAGCUCCACCAUCGUUGAGCCCAUCACGAGCCUCAUCCCGCCGCCUCCCACAACCACCAAAUCGCGCGUUAUUCCCUCCAGCUGCCCGACCCCGACCUGUUCCAUGGGUAUCCAGUACGCCCUAUACGACAACCCCUUCCGCCAAGACACGUCCCCGACGUACAAGAGCUUCUCGCCCGCCUACUUCAAAAAGGCCAAGCCCGUGUACAGCACAACGCUGCAGACCGCCAUCUACAUCACCGACGACAACUACGGCAGUGGCUUUAACCCGCUCUUUAAGAACGCCGCCGCCGGCUACCGCGGCUUCCUCUUUGCCUGCCAGAACGGGCGUUACCGCUUUAACUCACCCUACUCCGACGAUAUCACUAUCAUGUGGUUCGGCGAUAAGGCCUACCAAAACUACACGCGCGAUAAUGCCGACAUUAUCCAGUUCUACUACGGCGACAACAGGCCUAGGAACAUUUACAGAGACCUUAAGGCGGGCACGUACUAUCCCAUUAGGGUGCUCUGGGGCAACACGGGCGGCGCGUCAGACUUGUCGCUACGCAUCUAUGGGCCCAACGGCGAAGACGUGAGCGGCGCGGACCAGUCGGGCGAGCACUUUCUGACGACGGAGGCGUGUGAUGGCUCCUAUGCUCCUUUUCCACCGUGGGGCAAGGAGCUUUGA